AUGCCGGACAACGUCCCGGCGGUCGACGAUCAACCUUUUGCGAGCGAGAGGGCGGGGUCGAAGCGCAAACGGCUCACCAAGGUCGAAGCGCAGAUGCGAUGGAACCGUUACUUUGCGUCCAAGACGUGCACCUACACGGACAGCCAAGGCCGUCCCGUUCCUGCACCUAUAGUCACCAGAGACCAGUCCCCCUCCUCAUCGCAACAAGGGCCAUACAGAUCAGCCUCUCUUGGUGAUGCCCGGGCGCCUUUGAGCGACCCUCGAGCACCCUUGGGCGACCCUCGAGCACCCUCGGGCGACCCCCGAGCGCCGGCGCAGCCUCUCCCGACCUGGACUGCGCCUUCCAUCGAGGACCCGUCUCCGCGCAAGCGCCUGCGCACCUCGGCGAGCGGGACGUCGCUCGGCUACCCCGUGGACUACCUCGCGUCGCAGUCGCAGAACGCGAACGCCAUCGAGCCCGCGACCUCGGUGAAGCUGGACAACCGGCUCAUAAGGGAGCUCGUGGGAUUAUUCUUCACCCACUGCCACCCCGCGCGGCUCGUCUUCCACAAGCCGACCUUCACGGCCGCGCUCACGCACGGGCUCGUCCCGCCCUACCUCGUCUUCGCCAUCUGCGCCCUCGCCGCGCCGCUCUCGAAGCAGCCGCGCCUGCGGACGCGCCCGGCGCGGUAUGCGGGCCGCCCGUUCGCGCAGGAGGCGCUGAGCCUGAUGUUCGACGGCGCGGGCCGGCUGGCGUGCGAGCCGAGCCUGGCGGUCGCGCAGGCGCUGUGUCUGCUGCAGAUACACGACACGCGCGUGGGCGGCGCGACGGCGUGGAACAUGCGCUAUCAUGACCUCAACUUCCAAGUCUGCGACCGCCUCGGCGUGCACUCGAACGAGGACACCCCGCGGCCCGCGCUCGGCUCCGCGUCCGCGCACAUCGAGGCCGCGAUCAACAAGGAGUGCCUCCGGCGCGUGUACUGGCUCAUGUACCUCCUCGACAUCCUCGUCUCCGUGUACGUGAGGGGCCCGCGGCACUGGCUGACGGCGGACCCGCGCCUGCGGCUGCCGUGCGACGAGACGGCGUUUGAGAUGGCGGUGGGGACGACGCCGGCGGAAUAUCUCUACCUCCCGCCCCCGCAAACGGAACACGUAUCCGAGAUCGGCCACCUUAUCCGCAUCGCGACGAUCUGGGCGGAGCUGGAGUUUGCGCUAGAGGACGUGGAGUCGAACCCGCCGGGAAAGUCGCACGUCCGCAAUCUCGAGAUACGCUUGAACGCCUGGGAGGCCAGCCUUCCGCCGCACCUUCAGUUCACCGACGAGGUGCUGGCGGUGCAGCAACUGAUGCUCGAAACGAGCUCGAACAACGACGCUUGGUGCUGGGCGAAUAUGCACAUGUACCGCGCGUCGUGCGCGCUUCUGCUGCACGAGGCGCGGUCGAGGGGCCUGAUGGCGAGCCCUGUGACGGCUCAGGCGAGUCCGAAUGCUAUGCAGACCAGUCCGGGUGGAAUGCAGUCGGACUCAGGCGCAGCUCCGCCCGCCAUGGUUCCUGAGAGCCUGGAAGGGCAACCGGAUGCAGGCCCGGAGGCCGAGGAUCGCGACGCGCCUCCGACCUGGCCUGCGAAGACGCUACAGGCCAUAGUGCGCAUGUUCGGCGAUCGCGCGAAGAAUAGCUCCAUACUCGGCAACGUUAUCUGGUUGCUCAUCAAGCACUGCAGGCGCGACGACGAGGAGAUCCUCAAGGGCAUCCGCGAGCUGGAGGACCUGUGGGGCGCGUACACGGCGGCGCUCGCGCGCGACGUGGCAGUCAAUGUGGCGGAGAGGUCAUCCGCGAGUACGGAGAGCUCGAUCACGCCAGCGCCGACGCUGCCGUCACAGGCCACCAACGACGACGAUGAGGAUACGCCGAGGCGGCCGGCGCGUCGAAGGGGCUCGAUGGAUUCGGCGAUGCGUUCGGUGACGCCGCCCCCGCCGAUGCCCCCGCCGUCGUCCCACAUGAAUACCGUGCAGCCGUCAGGGCUGCCUGGUUAUAUCAACCCUUUACACUCGACGCCUGACGAGAGGAAGCAGACGCAGGAAUCCAACGAAUAUUUGGCGUCCCUGUUCUCCCACCCUAUGGGCUCGCAUGAGCGCAGCGAACGAGCCGACGCCGACAAGCGACCCGAGAGAACGCGCACGCCAUACUCGCCGGUUUUUCCUCUGCCUUCAUAUCCGCACGACGCGACGAGAGAUCGUUCGUCCUCGCAUUCCUUCCCAGGGCUUUGGCCCGAACCUCGUCAACAGCCACUUGGUUCGCAGCGCCCGCUGUCACCGCUGAAGUUGCCCGACGAUUGGGGUAUCACGCAUAGCGGUAGGCAUGCACAUCGCCCGACGCAGGCUCCCUUCUCUCGCGGCCAACCACCUGGUCCUUUUUACGACCCACCAACCCUCCCUGGUCCGCCAUAUGAGCCAUCAGCCGAGCGCACCUACGAGCGAGAGCCUACGGCAUAUCUUCAGCGUCGGAUGACGUACCCAUCGGACGCAUACUACAAUGCCGAACCUCCCUAUCCCGAGCGUCCGAUGCUAUCAAGGACACCGACCGACUCUCGUGCCCUACCUUCUCUACGGUCCAGCGGCCUCCUCAGCGGGUCUUGGGACCAGCCCGGCCCAUCGCGCGGGCGCGAUACUUACGGACGCGACGAUUAUCCUUUUGCCACAAAUGUGGCUACUCGGUCCGACUUCCAGCAACCCCCACCCCACUUCCAACCACCCACGACCUUUCAACCACCACCACAACAUGUUCAGCCCCCGCCGACCUUCACCGCUCCCUUCGCCCCGCGGUCUCCUUCGCCUCGCUCUUCUCGCCACGAUCCUACGCUCUACCACCAUAAUCCUCUUUCUGGUCAUCCCGGCGACGACGCCUCCUGGCGCGGCUCGGCGGGCUGGCACCCGGACGCACAGGCCCACCUGUCGGGGCCAGGCAUGUAUCCGCCUCAGACGGACUACAACACGCGCGCGUCUGCGCCCGACGUACGCGAGACGAUGCCGCUGCCUCGCCGCGCAUCGAAUGCGCCGACAGGGCUGCCUUGGCUGUUUGAGGAGCAGCCACCGGCGGGAUAA